CUUGUAUAUCUAUGGUCUACACUAAAAAGAAAAAAAAGAUAAUAUUCAGUGUUGUCUUUGGUUAUGUGCCUUUAAAAUGUCAUUCUAGUUACCAAAAGAGCUUUUGUUUCAUUUGUGUUAAGCAUGGCCAAUGUCCGUUUGAAAAAAAUGAAAAAGAAUGAAAGCUCACGAGAAGAUUUGGAAAUCUGUUCGAAACAAGAACUGAUUGACAAGGUGUUGAAGCUUGAAGCCCAUGUUGCCCAGUUGAAGUGUGUGCUGGGUAAAAACGGCAGAGAAGAAUCACAGUCGGCCACCUCCAAGCAUAAACGUCCAUUUGAUUUCACAAAGUGCUCGCAGCGCCACGUGUUCCUGAAGCUGCUGUACCUGGGCUGGGACUACCGGGGCCUGGCCUGCCAGGAGGACUCCCAGCGCACCGUGGAGCACCACCUGUUCGCUGCCCUCGCCAAGACCUGCCUGGUGCGCAGCCGGGAGACCAGCAGCUACCAUCGCUGCGGCCGCACCGACAAGGGCGUCAGCGCCUUCUGCCAGGUGGUAUCGCUGGACGUGCGAAGCUGCCUGUCGGCCGCGGAGUUGGAGUCGAGCCCAGCGACCGUCCGAGGGGAGCUGCCGUACGCCAGAAUGCUGAACCGCGUGCUGCCCAAGGACAUCCGGGUGCUCGCUUGGUGCCCGGUGCCGGCCGGCGCCAGCGCCCGCUUCGACUGCAAGCUGAGGACCUACAAGUACUUCUUCCCUCGGGGGAACCUGGACAUCCAAGCAAUGAACACUGCUGCCCAGUGCGUGGUGGGGACUCACGACUUCAGGAACCUCUGCAAGAUGGAUGUGGCGAACGGGGUUGUGACGUUCACAAGACGUGUCUUAUCUGCCCAAGUGCAUGUGCGACAUAGUGAUUCACUGCAUUCAUCUUCUAAGAGUGGUUCUGGCUAUGACUUGUGUGAACUGACGCUUGUUGGUCAGGCGUUCUUGUGGCACCAGGUGCGUUGCAUCAUGGGUAUCCUGCUCUUGGUGGGGGAGGGGAAAGAGCAGCCAGAAAUCAUCAAACAGUUGCUGGACGUGGAGAACUAUCCUAGAAAGCCGCAGUACUGCCUUGCCAGCGACUUCCCACUCAACCUGUUCCACUGUGAGUUUGAACAUUCCGACUGGUGCGUGGACAGCCAGAACAUUGCAGAAGUCAUAACCACGCUGCAGUCAGUGUGGACCAACCUUUCUGUUAGGGCGACCAUGGUGCGAGCAAUGCUCACAGAGUGCGAGGCAAUGACAGAGGAUGGACCUAUUGCCAGCCAGAGCAGUAGCUUGCUGCAAGGGGUCAAAGCCAAGGUGUAUCAACCUUUGUUGCAGAGGCAAACAUGUGACAGCUUGGAGAGUCGAAUAAACCAUUAUGUCAAGAAACAAAAGUUGGAAAUUGUUGAAGAAAACAGUGAAAACAAAACAAGUGAAGUGAGGACUGCCACUUGACUAGCAGCUGUUUCUCGUGCAGUUGUUGAAGGAGUAAGAGAGAGACCAGUGGACUGUGAAGACGUACCUGAACACGACGCUGCCGAAACCCGGUCUAUCGAACAUACUGGCGGGUUCGUGAAGAAGAACUUCCUCACCAAAGCCACUGUCUGGGUUGUGCAGGAAUUCUGGCUCUGACACGGAGCGUGUCAGCUCUCCAUUCGUCUCAAAUACAUCUGCGAUCUUCCCACGCUUGCCUGCCCAACAGUAUCAGCAACAUAUAACUGCAGCCAUGGAACCAGGUGCAGUUCCAAGUAUGCAUCAAACUCAAUAUUUUUGUUAUCUGUGUUCAAUGGGUACGUGCAUUACUACACUUCAUUAUCUUUAUAUACCCUUUUAUUGUUUUCCUGUUUGUUAAGUUUUUUUUUUACAGUAAUCCUGUAAAAUUAUGUUGCUUUCAGUUAUUAAAAAAUUUUGGUACAAA